GAUCGGUCGUCAGGCUUCGUGUAAUGCAUUGCGACGUUGCCGUACUCACUGGUGCCCUCGUUUCGGAUUGGUUGACCAUAGAUCUAUAUUCCGGGCCGUUGCAAUGCCGCACGACCUGGUCGUAUACUCGCCUAGUAUCUGUGACGUCGUUUUUAUUCCUCUCGUUUGUCUGUCAUUCCUUCUCGCCGCCACUCGUCUCACAUAGUUUCAUCCAUCCCGGUCUGUACGGCUCCGCAUUCGUUCUAACUCGACUACCCACAACAAAUCUACAACAUACAAAAAUGUAUUCUUUAGCCAAAGCCGUUGCACCUGCUGUCCGCUCCGCUAUCCUCUCAAACUCCAGGGCAUCUAUUGUCAGGCCAAUUAGCAGCAUUGUCUCAAAUGGACCCAGCACACAAAACCAACAAACUCCCAGUGCCAUUAUUUCCAAUGGAAGCUUGGUAAAUGCUGUCAGAGGAUUCCAAACAUCAGCUGUGUCAAGAGAUAUUGACUCUGCUGCAAAAUUCAUUGGCGCUGGUGCAGCCACAGUAGGAAUUGCUGGAUCAGGAGCUGGAAUUGGAACAGUAUUUGGUUCCCUGAUCAUUGGUUACGCACGUAACCCAUCACUCAAACAACAACUUUUCUCUUAUGCCAUUUUGGGAUUUGCUUUGUCUGAAGCCAUGGGUCUCUUCUGUCUCAUGAUGGCUUUCUUAUUGUUGUUCGCUUUCUAAGUCGUCUCACGAUGUCUUUCGUCAUUCAUUAAGCAAAAAAUAAAAAACAUCCCAUUACAUAAAACAACAAAGAAUUUUUUUUAAUUCUGUUCAAAAUUGGCACGACCGAAAGAAUUGCGAAAGACUGUUGUCUGUGAAAUACACUUUGAUAGGGAAUUUACCUAUAAUGAAAUAGAUACUAACUUUAAGACAGCACUUAGGUGUUUAUGAAACUGCCUCAUAUUGUAGACGUAUUAAACGCCUAGGUUGGAAUACUGUUUUUUUUUUUUUUUGGUUUUUCCUAUUUUGUAUAUUUCACA